AUGUCUCUCGAUCCUCAACAGAGAGUGGUGAGGACGACCGGCCUCUCGCUUACGAUCCGAAUGAGGAAAGGCCGAGCUGCUAGCCGAAGUGGUCUCUUUUUGUCAACGAUUGUUCGAUUUCAUCUCAUAACAACCUCCGACCUUUUAUCUUUGUUGCAACGACGAGCAACAUCAACAUCUGCCACAAUGGUCUCCUCACAAGCCAGGAAGAGCGUGACUUUCGCCGUUCCAGAUGAACCGAUGGUCACUGUCCUUAACCAGAACGUCGCUUCCAUCUUCCGUCUUCCAUCUUCCAUCUUCCCUCGAAUCGAAAACCCCCCGACUUCCCAACUUCUGCUCGCAACACGGUUGAUACCAACCUUGCCGUGCCCAACAGAGAGGAUACCUGUGGCAGAUUACCCAACGACCCCCGAAAUAUGA